AUGACUUCGAAAGGAUAUACAUUGGAAACAAUUCAUGAUAUCAUAAAAUGUACAAUAUGUCUCAAUAGUCCAAAGAAUCCUAGAUUCUGUCCGACUUGCUCUGCUCUCUUCUGUCUCGAGUGCAUCGACAAAUGGAUUACAACCAACCCAACAUGUCCGGCAUGCAGAAACAGAUUGGAUCACGACAAUCUAAGUUCAAAUCUUAUUGUUUCAAAUAUUCUAAAUGAACUAAGUAAAUCACAGGAAUACGUUCAACCGGAUCUUUGUAAUAUUCAUCAUUACGAUAUGAUCUACUAUUGCAAUAGAUGUUUAGAAUCGAUUUGCUCGGAUUGCGCUCUCUUCCAGCAUAAGGAUCAUAACAUCGAGAAGAUCUCUAUCAUCUACAACAAGUGUCUUGAGAUUAUCAAAGUAGAAGAAGAAGCAUUAAAGAAAAGACAAGAAGAGUUAAUAGAAUUGUCAGCGUUUUUAGAGUCAGACUCCAACCAAUUGGAUCAAAACAAGAAGGAGGUUGAAGAUGAAAUGUUAAAGGUUCUAGAUGAUAUUAAAACGAGAUUGGAUGAAGAAGUAGAUCAACGUUUCUCUGUAAUUUUAAAUUCACAACAAAAGCUAAAUAAUGAAUUGACACAUUUAGAUUAUUUAUAUGAUAGAUUGGUGCAGCAUUAUAAACGAUCACCGAGUGAAUUUAUAAAGUCAAGUCCGCAGCUCACUAGGAAUCUACAGGAGAUACACAAGAAUUCGAUUCUCGAGAUUUACAAACCGGUCAAUACCGAUCUACAAUCAGAGUUGUCGCCACAGUACGAAACUAGAUUGUUGAAACUAAAGGAUUUCCUCAACUCUUCGCAGCCAUUCAUCAAUCGUAUCAACUACUUUGGAACCACCUGGGAAUUGAAAUGCGGUAUCGACGAAGAUAACAUCUAUUUGAAUCUUAAACUACUUGAAACUCCUUUAAGUGCCAAAUAUUUUUAUAGAUUUACAAUUAUUAAUCAGAAAUCAAGUAUAAACAAAGAAUAUGAAUCAUCAUUUCCUUUGGAUGCUGGUAAUUCACUUUUCAUUCCAAAUUUCUCAACAAAAGAUCAAUUGAUUGAAGACGGUUUAAUUUUGUUGGAAACAGAUAUUUUGUUGUUAGAGUUUUCAUUUAAACCAAAGAAUUACUAUUUCUUGACGAAUGACCUCAAGUAUUAUAUUACGAUGUUGGAGACUCAGAAUAGUAUACUGAGGAGUACAAACAAUCAAUUAAAGGUAUCGAAUGAAAGUCUAAUACAUAGUGGAAAUAGUAUAAUUAGUAUAAAUAGCAAUGGCAAUAACAAUAGUAGUAGUAGUAGUAGCAACAACAGUAUAGGCAGUAACAACAGCAACGGUAAAAACAACAAGUUGAUUACCUCCUAUGACUAUGACAAAUCACCGAGAAUGGUAUCUGAAGAAGAGUAUUUUGGUGACGAUGAACUCGAUGAUGUUGUUGACAAUGAACAGCAUCAUCAACAACAACAACAACAAAAGAAUAAUAAUAAUAAUAGUAAUAAUAGUAGUAGAAAGAGUCCAAAUUCAACAUUGCACUAUCUUAAUUUGAAAUACAAUAGAGAAAAGGACGAAGACGAAGAAGAAGAAGAAGACGACGAAAGUGAUAGUGAUGAAUCAGACAAUGAUGACUAUGAUGAAGAUGUCAAUCAAGACAAUGAUGAAGACGAGGAAGAUGACAGCGAUGAAGACGAAGACGAAGACGAAGAAGAUGAAGACGAUUCGAUAUCGCUUGCUCUAACCUCUUCAAACCUAAUCGAUCAAGACUCUAUAUCUGGCACAGAGAGUGAAGACAUAUUUCAUCUGAAUCGUCAUCGUAGACGACGCCCUUAUCAUCUCGGACAAUCAUACACCUAUAAAUAUAGCGGCAACAAAACAAAACAUAUCAAUGACAUUGAUAUUAAUAUUAUGAAUAGUAAUAGUAAUGACAUUGACAUUGACGAUAAUCAAAUACCACAUGUACAUAUUAAUCACGUUAAUAAUAAUAAUAAUAAUAAUAAUAAUAGCAAUAACAACAACAAUAGUAGUAGCAGUAAUAACAAUAGUAAUAAUAAUAGUAAUAAUGGUAGUAAUAGUGAUAAUAAUAAUACCAUUAGUGAAAGCAAUAGUCUUAAUACCAGUUCACAAUGGGAUUUACAAUCUCAGUUCAACUCUUUACAUAUUAGCAGUGGCAAGUCACGUAAUGCCAACAACAACAUCAACAACAACAAUGGCAAUAGCAAUUACUUUACCGAUAUAGAUGAUAGUUUCAGAAUUGACCAGUCACACGAGAACACAGAGAAUGAAAUGGGUUACGAUGAAAUGGAACCAAUUCCCGACAUUCAACCAACAACGACCAACAGUACUUCCUCUCAGCAUCAAGUAUCUAGAAUUCAACCAUUAGCACUUUCAUCUACUCAUGAACUUGAUCGUGAUGAUCUAGAAGAUGUUGAUGAUGACGGUGAAGAUGACGAUGAAGAUGUUGAUGACGACGAUGAUGUAGACUCCUCAAACCUAGAGGAGGAACAAGAAGAAAUAGAUAUCAUAGAUCCAUAUGAAUUGAAUACCGACGAUGACGACGACGACGACGAUGAAGAAGAGAUCAUCUACAGCGAAGACCAAGACCAAUAUCUAAGUGCUGAGGAAGGUGAUGAUGAUGACCAUAUCAACAUCCACCGACAUCAUCAAAUCCACAACUACACCGUCGACGACUAUGAUGACGAUCCAUUCGAUUCAGAUGUAGAAUAUCAACCAACCGAAGAAGAGGAAAUCUAUAUUGACCAAGAUCAUGGAAUAUCAACGAUUCUAAAUGUAACAACUACCAACAACAACAACAGCAAUAUUAUUAAUAACGAUAAUAAUAAUAGUACGAACAAUAUAAAUAGUAAUAAUAAUCGUAAUAAAUCACCAUCACCACCAACAACAACAACAACAACAAUAACAACACUUUCAAUACCAUUGCCUUUUAAUAAUACUAUCCAAACUCAUAGCAAUAGCAACAGCACAAACCAGCAAUAG